ACCCACGAGACUCCACCUUCCAGUAACAAGAGAUGAUUUAUCAUCAGCACACAGUCGACAGAGAGGCACAGAAAUCAGCCGAUGCUUUCACAAAGCCUUUGCAUCUGAUGUGAAAGUGUUUUAUAUUGCGCAAAAGGAUAAGGAAAACAAAGAUCCACGCGUGGGAGAGCACGAGAGAGAAGACGGUUCAGUUUACAAGUGGGGAGCAGCGCAAAUAUAGCGAUGGAGACGGAUGUACUGGUGCAUGUGAUAGAUUCAUGAUUGCAUGAAAGCUUUUCCGUCGAAUUAAAAAAAAAAAAAAAUCUAUGCAGUGUUAAAUUAGAAAUAUAGCAUGUGCUGUCAGGUUACGAGUAUUCCGUGAUAAUUAAGCUUAGAAUCUUCGUUGCAUGUUCCGAAAUUAAUCAAAGCACCUUUUUUUUUUUUAACACAUUUUUACACUUUGUUAAUGUAAUGUAGAUGAUGGCUUCCUGACAAGGAUCAAGCAACCAAUGCAGAGUGCCAGAUGCAAAUCUGCUAGAGGAAAAAACGAAUUGGAAAUGGAACUCAGGCAUUUUACAACCCACUUUUGGAGGCCUCGGUCAUACUAACCCCUGUAUGAACUGCUGUUUCCAGCACCACGGACAGCGACCAUGAACAGGUUACGCAGGAAAGCAUGUGUGGCUCUUCUACUUUUCACUUUGUUUAUUUUUGGUACUAUGAUGGGCCUACGAACCCUCAAACCCACGGAUGGCUUCUCGGAUCUUGCUCCAGGAAUGGAGCUGAUGCCUUUGGUCGGAGAGCGAAUGGACCAGAGACCCAAUCGUGUAGCUGAAUCAGCGGGUCAGAAUGGUGGUGUGGGCAGUGACACUAAGAUAGUGUUCUCCAACUCUGGUCCCGACCACAGCAUAUUCUAUGACAUUCACAUCUUCUAUUAUUUAUGGUAUGGCUCGCCACAGAUGGACGGUAGUUACAUACACUGGGACCAUGUACUAGUGCCACACUGGGACCCCAAAAUAGCUUCCAGUCACCCUAAAGGACGACACAGUCCUCCAGAUGACAUUGCAUCCAGUUAUUACCCUGAACUAGGACCCUACAGCUCCAGAGAUCCAGAUGUCAUUGAAUCCCACAUGGCGCAAAUCGAAGCUGCGGCUGCAGGUGUGGUGGUCCUGUCCUGGUACCCGCCUGGUGUGGCAGAUGAACACGGCAAACCCACAGAGGAUCUAGUGCCAGCUGUAAUGGAUGCUGCUCAUAAACACAGUAUCAAGGUUGCGUUUCACCUGCAGCCCUACAAAGGCCGGACAGACCUCAAUGUGCAUGACAACAUCAAAUACAUCAUUGACAAAUACGGGACACACAGAGCUUUCUACAGGUUCAAGUCCAGCGCUGGGAAGAUCCUUCCGCUCUUUUAUGUGUACGACUCGUAUCUCACCCCACCGGAGACCUGGGCUGAGCUGCUGAGCGUCAGGGGCUCUCACAGUCUCCGAGGAACGCCUUACGAUGGCAUCUUCAUCGCCCUCAUCGUGGAGGAGCGUCACAAGCAGGACAUCCUGGCUGGAGGCUUCGACGGCAUGUACACCUACUUUGCUUCUAAUGGCUUCUCCUUUGGAUCUUCUCACCAGAACUGGAAAGCUAUUAAAGCAUUUUGUGACAAGAACAACUUGCUGUUUGUGCCUAGCGCUGGACCUGGCUAUGUGGACACCGCCGUCCGGCCGUGGAACAACCACAACACGCGCAACCGAGUGAAUGGACGAUAUUACGAGACUUCAUUGCAGGCAGCGAUGUCCAUAAGGCCUGAUAUUAUCACAGUGACGUCGUUUAAUGAGUGGCAUGAAGGAACUCAGAUUGAGAGGGCCGUGCCCAAGAAGACUGUGGCCCGUCUGUAUUUGGACUACAAACCCCAUCAGCCAGACCAUUAUCUGGAGCUCACCAGGAAGUGGGCAGAACAUUUCAGUAAGGAGAAAGAGCAGUGGCUUAUGUGAUUGGGUUUUCAUUUAGAAGGUUUGCGCAUGUUAUUGAAGUUAUCAACGUUAUCGAUUACUUUCUUUCAAUUUUGAUAUGGUCUUCUUUUUCUCUCACUCUGUCUACUGAUAAACGAUUGAUUUACCGUCAAUUUUCUUGCAGUUUCAGUGCAAGCAUUUGCAAGAACAAUUCGCCCAAACAUGAACAUUCUGUCAUCAUUUUUGUGAUUACAAAUCUAUACUGCAUUUGAUUUGUCAAUAUAUUUUUGGAAGCUGAAAACCCCUUUGCAUCUGUCCAAUUUCAUUCAGUCAAGUGCAUAUUCAUACAUGGGACAUCACAACUAGCACAAGACAAGUGAGACAAGCAGUUUGGCAUCACUGACAUCAAACCUGGCGGGAAAUGUCUUGAUGUGCCAUAUUUGAGUGAAUAUGACUGUAAACACAAGGCUAAUACACUGUUUUUGUAUGCUUUAAUGGAUUUUAUGUUUUUUCUCUUGUUUAUUUUUGGACUUCAGCAGCAUGCAUCCUCAUUCCCUGUCAUUGUAUGGAGAAGAGAAGUGUGGACAUUGUGCUAUAUGCCUGCUUUUGUAUUCCAAGCAUGGUUUGAAAGUACACAGAGCUGGGUGAAUUUACAAUUGAAGCUAUUUCUUUAAGAUUAUACACUGAAUCUGACUUCUAGCAGCAACAGUGAGGCCUCAGUAUUAAAAUAAUACUUUUAUUGUGUGUUUGGAUUACAUU